AUGUAUGUGGGCUACCUCUUGGAUAAGGACUCUGCCAUGUACCCCAGCCCUGCUCGGCCACCCAGCCUAAGCCUGAGCCCGCAGAGCUACGCGCCCGCGCCCCCCCAGUACCCGGACUUCGCCAGCUACCACCAUGUGCCGGGGAUCCCCGGAGACCCCCAGCACAGCCAGCCUGCGGGCGCCUGGGGCUCUCCCUAUGCACCCAGCAAGGACGACUGGCAUUCGUACGGGCCCUCGGCCGCCAGUCCGGCGCAGCUGGGCUUCGGCCCCCCGGAUUUCAACCCCCUGCAGCCUCCCGGCUCCGGACUCCUCCCGCCGCCCAUGCCGCAGCUGUCCCCCGGCUCGCAGAGGCGCACGCCCUUCGAGUGGAUGAGGCGCAGCACCCCCAGUGGCAGCAGUGGCGGAUCUGGCAAGACCCGAACGAAAGACAAGUACCGCGUGGUGUACUCGGACCACCAGCGCUUGGAGCUGGAGAAGGAGUUUCAUUUCAGCCGCUACAUCACCAUCCGGCGCAAGGCAGAGCUGGCGGCUGCCUUGGGGCUCACCGAACGGCAGGUGAAAAUCUGGUUCCAGAACCGGCGAGCCAAGGAGAGGAAAGUGAACAAGAAGAAGAUGCAGCAGCAAACGCAGCCCGCCAGCACCACGACGCCCACCCCGCCGGCGGUCGGCACCCCGGGCCCCAUCGCCGGCAUCUGCAGCAGCACCACCGGCCUGAUCUCGUCGUCGCCGUUGGCUAUCAAGGAAGAGUUCCUGCCUUAA